AUGGCCACCACGACCCUUGAACAGCCAGCUACGCAGACUUCGGAAACGCAGUCUUACGAAAAGUACGAAUUCAAGAAUCUUAAGCCCUACGUUCAUCCACCAGAGACGAAAGAAGACUUGCCAUGGUCUGAGCUUGUCACUUUGGACCUCGAGGACUACGCUCGCCCGGGAGGUAAGGAGCGAUUAGCAAAACAGCUUGAGCAUGCUUUCUAUGUAAAGAACUUUGGCUUGAGCCAAGAGCAAGUCGAUCGGCAAUUCACCCUUGCAAAGCAUUUCUUCGAGUUGCCAACGUCAGAGAAGGAGAAAUUUGAAGUCAACUACAAAGCCGCCGACUAUAACGGCUGGCGUCGACCUGGACGUGCUCUGGUUGCCGACACUAAAGACAACAUCGAAAUGUUCAACAUCCCAAAAUUCACUGAAGACUUCCGAGGCAAGUAUGAUCAUCCGGACUUACUCAAGGCGCAUCUACCUGAGAUCGAAGAGUUUCAGAAAGCGCUACACGCCAAUGUGGUACUACCACUACUUCGACUUUUCGCCAUCGUACUCCAACUUCCCGAUGAAGAGUAUCUCGUCAAACAGCACACGUACGACAAGAAGUCUGAAGAUCACUUCCGCUACAUGAUUUACCACGCGCGCUCUGAGGAGGAGUGGAAAGCCGCCAAAUAUGGCGCAACUGGUGGCCACACCGAUCUCGGAACUGUGACUCUUCUCUUCCGCCAGCCUGUUGCAGGUCUUCAGAUCCUCGGCGAAGACGGAAACUGGACUUGGGUCAGCGCACAGCCGGGCACUAUUACCGUGAAUCUUGCAGACACUAUUUCUCAUCUGACAGGCGGAUGGCUCAAGUCUUCGGUUCACCGCGUUGUGGCCCCACCAGAGGAUCAGCGCCAGUAUGAGCGCACCGGGCUAUUGUACUUCGCACGCCCACACAAUGACACCAAGCUGUUGCCGAUAACAGAUUCACCCGUGCUGGAGAGGGCCGGUGUGAAACCAAGAUUUGAUAAGAUUGUGACUAUGGAGGAGUGGGUGAGGGCGAAGCAGACUUUGCAGCUGAAUCCAGACAUUGCGGCCAAGAGGUGGGCAGAGAGGGGGGAUGGAAGGGUUGAAGUACUGGCUGGGUUUCAUGACCAGAAGUACAAAGAGUGA